ACCUCCAGCUACAGCCAUGUGUUCCACUAAUGUCCAUUUAUUUCAUUGACAGCAAGUUGCCUUCCUGCAUUGUGAUCAAAUAAAUCAGUAGACCUGCAGUAGCAGCUGACCUGACUUUUUUCCCCCCAAGUAUAAUGGCAGAUGAUUCUACUUUGGACCCACAUGCCACCAACGGGUUAUCCUUGGAAGAACAGGAAUUACGCAUAAAAGCGAAAAAAAUGGCUGAAGCUGUAGCACGAGUUGCCAGGAAGGUGAAUGAGGUUGUAGAGAAAAAAGAAAAACAUCUUGAUCUGUCAAAGUGUGCUCUGACAAGCUUCCCUGUUGGCCUUUAUGUAGUUAUGGCCGAUGUAACUCAAGAUAUACAAUCUAUCACGCUGGCUAAUAAUGAGAUCAAAACCAUGACGAGCAAGUUCUUUAGUAUAUUCACCCAACUGGUUGAACUUAACUUGGAGGGAAAUGUUCUAAAAAAUCUUCCUGAUAAUAUAAGUAGCCUGACCUCUUUGACGUCUAUCAACCUAUCAAAAAACAAGUUCCAAGAUUUUCCAAUCAAAUUACUAGAUGUCAGCACCAUUGAAUGCAUCAACCUUGAAGACAAUGAGAUAAAAGAUGUUCCUGUCGAGAAAUUGUGCUCAAUGUCUUGUCUUAAAACAGUGAACCUGAAAGGAAAUCCUGUGAACAAAGACUUGCUGGAUAACUCCGAAUUUAAAUUUGAGCUGAUUAUUUGACCAGUGUUUACUUCAGACGUGAAUGCAGAGACUGCACAGAACAACACUACCAAUGGCAAUAUCUUGGUCUGCGACUUAGCUUUUUACUAUUUGUCAUUUAAAAUGGUGGCUUAUAUGCACUAUAGAGGCUCUGAAAACUGUUUUGGUAAUUGGGCUAAAAUCUGAUUUGACAUAGUUAACUUUUACAUUAUUAUUAAACUAGCAUUCUUUUUUAAACAUAUUAUCUUCAAUGAAUAAAUAUUAAGAAUUAAA